GAGAGACAGCAUUUCCCUCCUGUGAGUCCACGCUAAACGUACCUCUUUACUUCUCUGGAUCUAUCUCUUCCACUGUUCUGCUUUGGAUUACUAGAAAUCUCUGAGUGUCAUACCUGCUGACCAUCUCUCUGAUCCCUCGGUUUCUUCUUUCGGUGUCAGCAUGAGUGCUAAACUGUGGACAGAGGAGCAGUUUAACUGCCCUGUGUGUCUGGAUCUCCCAAACGAUCCAGUCACCAUCCCCUGUGGGCACAGCUACUGCAUGGGCUGCAUCAAGGACUACUGGAGCAAGGACGAACCCAAGGGGGUCUACAGCUGCCCCCAAUGCCGCCAGACCUUCUGCCCUAAGCCCUCCCUGUCCAGGAACACCAUGCUGGCUGAGGCUGUAGAGCAGCUCCGCAAAGGGGCCCUCAAAGCUGACGUGCGAGAGUCUAUGCGAAGCACCCGUGGGGUUGCCUCCUCCUCAUCUAGAUCCAAAGGGAAGCUCUCCUCCUCAGCAGUGCUAUGCGACAUGUGCAAAGAAGAACAGCGAGCUGCGGUCAAGAGCUGCCUGUCGUGCAUGAGCUCAUACUGCGAAUCCCACCUGAAGCCCCACAAGACCAAGAAGGCCCUUAAGCAGCAUGAGCUGAUCGCACCCACAGGCAAUCUGGCUGAGAAGAUCUGCACCCAGCACAAGUACCUGCAGGAGUUCUUCUGUCGCCAGUGUAAAGUGUUCGUCUGCUGGCUGUGCACCAGCAACCAGCACAAAGGCCAUGAGAGUGUGUCCACCAAGGUUGAGCGCUUGGAGAAACAGAAAGUGCUGUCGGAGAUGCAUGCAGAGAAUCAGCAGAGACUGAAAGACAGAGAGCAGGAGCUGAAAGACAUGAAGAAGAUGAUGGAGGUGAUGAAGCGUUCUUCAGACAGGGUACAUGAGGACACGGAGCAGGCGCUGUCGGAGCUGCAGCGCUCAGUGGAGCGCCUCCAGGAGCUGCUGGAGCAAGUUCUGGAUCAGGCCAGCCAGGAGAAGAUGGGCCAGGCUCAGGAGGUUGCUGACAGCCUGGAGGCCGAGAUCAAGGAGCUGAAGAGGAGGGACACGGAGAUGAAGGACCUGGCCUGCUGCGAGGACAACAUCCACUACCUGCAGACAUAUGAGUCCAUGUGCAGUCCCCUGGAGUCCGGGGCCCUGCCCACUGUCGUGGUCAAUCCAGAAGCUUCCUUUGAUCCUGUACGAGACUCCAUCCUGGACAUCAGGGAGCGAGUGGAGGACCUGUGCAACGAGGAGCUGGGCAAGAUCACCAAACAAGUCAAUGACACAACACUGUUCACUUUGGGAGAAUCCAACCGGAGCGCAGGACAGAAAGGAGGGAUUUUUAAAUUAUUUUCUGGUCUGGGUUCUCGCAACACAAACAGUCGUUCACCAGCUUCCACACCCAGUAUCUCAGUUGGAGCGCGGAGUACAGACAGACGAGGACUUGGUAUAGGCCUCAAAAGUCAAGACGUGAGGAGUAGAGACACACCACGGGGAAACACAAGCUCACCCAGACCUCGGGACAGACAGAGAAGAGAGGAAAGAGAGACAGUGAGGGAGACCAACCCCAGCCCCAGACCUAGCCCCAGACCCAGCCCCACACCGAGCCGCAGAGAGUCUCAGUCUCUUUGGAGCAGGUCCAGUCAGAGCCAGGCUGUCCCUGCUGCAGCCCCGACCCCAACUCCAACUCCAAUCCCAGCCACCCCAACUCCUGCCCCAGCAUCAAGUGGAGGUUUCAGUCGGAUGGCGUUGAUCAGCAGCCGCUUCCGCUCCAAUCGGCGUGGCACCAACCAGGCCACCCCAGUAACUCCAGCCAAUAACACACCAUCUGCAGGAGGAAACCCAUCAGGGGGGGUGUCUGCUCUGCCGGAAACACCAACAGAAAUUAACCCCAGUCUCUUCUUGGACUUGCCCACCCCUGACACCGUGAUUCACGCUCCUGCUUUCCCUGCAUUAAGAGAGAUCAACAUUGACAGCAUCCAAGCUCCAGAGCCGAGGACCAGAGAGGAGUUCCUACAGUACUCUGUGACCUUGACCCUUGACCCCAACACGGCCCACCGACGGCUGGCUCUCUCCGAGGGCAACACUAAAGCCACCCUUCAGGCGGCGGCGCAGUCCUACCCCGAUACUCCUCAGCGUUUUGACGGCUGGACCCAGGUGAUGUGCACUAGCCCGCUGUACGCCCAGCGCUGUUACUGGGAGGUGGAGUGGAGAGGCCGGGGCUCCUCUAUGGGCGUAGCCUACGGGGCGUUAAACAGGAAGGGCUCAGACGCCAGGUCAGGGCUCGGUUACAACGCCCAGACCUGGACCAUGGAGCUGUCGGACACCUGCUGCUCAGCCAUGCACGACAAUGAGAAGAGGGACAUACCGGUCACCUACUCCCCCCGCCUGGGCAUCUACCUGGACCUGUCCACAGGGACGCUGGCGUUCUACAGCGUGGCAGAGAGCAUGACACACCUCCACACCUUCCGCGCCAACUUCACCCAGCCUCUCUACGCUGCCUUUGGGGUGGGCAGUGGAGUCGGGGUCGGUCUGGACUUCGCCCUUGGCCAGUUCAGCUCCAGCUCUGACAGCAUCAAGAUCUGUCCCAUGUGAGGAUCCAGGCUGGAAGGCAGUGAUAGUGCUACAUUCAUGUCAUCAGAACAACUGACUUCAGAGUUUAACACAGCUGCUGUGCUCAUGCUGAUGAAACUCAUUCCAAACCGUCAGGACACAAUGACUGAUCGUUUUUGUAAAGUCUGGUUGCACCUGUUAAUUUUGUUUCAGAUUUUAAAUGCACUUAGUGAAAGAAGUUUCUGUUCUACACAAAAAUUGCAUUGUUUACAGCCAUGCUAGUGGCUUGGAUGGUAAAUGUCACUCUGUUGGUCGUUGCUACAGUUUGGUCCAGACUGAAAUAUCUCAAAAACUAUUGGAUGGAUUCCCAUGAAAUUUUGGAAUGACGUUCAUGGUCCCUAAAGCAUGAAUCCUAAUGACUUUGGUAAUCGCCUGACUUUUCCUGUAGAGCUGCUGAGAAGUUGACUUUUGUGGUUAAGAGUGCAAUAUCUUGACAAAUGUUGGAUGGAUUGCUGUGAAAUUUGGUUGACAUUAAUGUGUCCUCGGGAUAAAUUGUUGUAACUUUUCAUUUAGCGCCAUCAUCAGGUCAAAAUUUGUCCAAUACUUUGGUUUUUGACCAACUAUCCGCAAAACUAAUGACAUUCCCAUCAGCCUUAGCUGUACUCUUGUGUUUAGUGCUUAUUAGCAAAUGUUAGCAGUCUAAGAUGGUGACCCUGGCAAAUAUUACCUGCUAAACAUCAGCAUGUUAACAUGCUCACAAUGACAAUACUAACAUGUUGAUGUUAGCAUUUAGCUCAAAGUACAGCCUCACAAAAGCUGCUAUCAUGGCAUGACUUGUUUUGUUAUACUGUUCUAAAUUUAAAUGCAUUUAAAAAAUGUUCCAGAAAGGCAGAAAAAUCAUUGUUCAUCACUAAAUGCUGUGCUCCACAGUAUGUAUUAGCUGAAAGCAUACAUGUGCAUGUUUUAUUUUCACUGAAGUUAAAAGUUUUCACCCAAAUCUGAGCUGUUCCCAGCCAUGAAAUAAAAGUUCAGUAUUUUUCUGUGUGACAUCUUACAAACUGAUUUUUAGGUCAAGACUUUCUGCAUAAGUUCUUCCAUCAUUUCUAAGUAAUAAUAAAGCAGCCUGUGAGUCAGUG